AUGUGGGUGGACCCGAAUCGGACGGCCGACGUGCGAUGUCGAGCAAGGCGAGUUUUUGGAUGCUAUAAAUACAUCCAUCCACUCAAAGCCGAGCCUCUCGAAUGGUUUGCCGUUGAGGGCACGGUUACGGUGGACUGCGACUUUGUGAAGAGCGAAUGUUUCAAGAAGGGCGGUACGGGCGAGGCGAGCGUCGAGCACUGGAUGCACACCCAAAUCGUCGAGAACAAUAAAAGCACGGUACCACAGAAAAAGCCACCGGUGAAAAGCGCCCGUCCAGAUGUGUUCAUGUUCGUCUUCGACUCCGUAUCAUCUACCCAAGCGAGACGGUCCCUGCCGAGAUCGUUGAGUUUUCUGGAGACGAAAUUCGGGGGUCGUCAUUUUCACCAUCUGAACAAAGUGGGCGACAACACGAGACCAAAUGCGUAUGCAAUGUUUCUCGGGUGGAGAAUCUACGCGAUUCGGCGAGAUUCGGUGGGCGGGGUGAAUGCGGACUCGGACCAUCCGGACGUAUGCAAAUAUGCCAGGGACAACGAUUCGGUCAUUUUUCGGGAAUACGAGAAAAUUGGCUACAAAACGAUGUACAGUGAGGACUACGGUAGCGGGACCGCAUUCUCGUGGAAUUGCAAAGGGUUCAAGAAUCAGGAGGCAAACCAUCUCUUUCGG